AUGCGUGGCUUUCUACAAAUUUUUUGUGAUUUCGCCAAUUGGUCAACAGUGUGUGGUGUGCCACACAUAGCAAAUGCGCAGACGAAACUUUCACGCUUUUUUUGGUCAUUCAUUUUCAUUUGCUUGGUUGCAGUUUUCGGAUAUCAACUGUUCACUAUGAUCGUCAAAUUUUUCAAAUUCCCGGUAAUGGUUACGACAGACAUCUUCUUCCAAGAGCAGAACUUUCCUGUCGUGACUGUUUGCAACUUUAAUCCUUAUAAGUUUGCGGAAGUCAACUCAAAUUCUAAAUUUUCAAGAAUCAAAGAUUUGAUGUCAGCAUAUAACAGAGCUGUAGCCAAUACUCUGACUACUGAUGAUCAGUAUGGUCUGAGGGCUGUUCAAAACGAUCAGUUUGUUAGAGAUUCAAGAGCCAGGGAUGCUUUAGUUCUUCUCUCUGCCGAACUCACAGAUGAUGACAAAGAACCAGCCCUAUAUACAUUCGAUGAUCUCAUAUCUGAAUGUUCAUUUGCUGGAAAAAGUUGUAGUCGAGAUGAUUUUAAAAGAUUCAUUGAUCCAGUUUAUGGAGCAUGUUAUUCUUUCAACGAAAAUAGUAAUUCUUCUUAUACUGUUCAAAGAGCAGGUAUGAGCUUUGGGCUGAAGCUUCUCUUGACAGUAAAGCAAAAACUGCAUAAUGGUAACGCUGACUUUCUUCCGACAACGCAAUUAGCUGGAGCUCGAAUAAGUAUUCAUGCUCGGGGAACACACCCGUCACUUGAAAGCCAUGGGAUGAACAUUGGUGUCGGCUAUCAAACUGCUGUUUCUGUUGUAAAAACUGAAACUGAACGCUGCAAACGACCUUAUGGACGCUGUGUAACUCGUGAAUCGGAGGGAAGUGAUCUUUUCAAAGAUUACACUUACACCUUGGAAACUUGUUUUAAUGGUUGUCGUCAACGAGACACUCUGAAACAAUGUGAUUGUUAUAAUCCCCGAUUUCCAGCUCCGUCCACUGAUAAUUGGUGUGAUAUUUCCAAAUUGAGCUGCUUACAAAACCUUAAAGGAGAUCAAUCAAACACAGCUAAUCCUAAUUUGGACCCUUUAAUGCAAUGUGGUUGUGACCCCCCAUGUGGAGAGACGAAUUUUUUCACUACAGCUUCCCUUGCUCGGUAUCCCUCUGCUAAAUACUACGUAGCCACGGACUCGGUCAACGGCGCUAAACGAAACGAUUGCUGGGAAUGGUACAGGACCAAUUCUCUCCUAUUACAAGUAUAUUUUGAGACUUUGAAAUAUGAAAAGUACACAGAGAAACCAAGUUACGGAUUAAGUGAUAUUGUGAAUGACUUGGGUGGUCAAGCAGGUCUCUGGUUGGGAUUAUCUGUGAUUUCUGUGGUUGAAGUCUGCGGUUUGCUUAUGCUGAUAUGCUGCUAUUGUGUAACAUGCGGAGGAAUCCGAGUUCGUCCGUCCGAGAUAGACAUUGAUUCAGAUGAGAGAAUUAAAGAUAUCAAAGAAGUCGAGAAAGAAAUUGACAGCCGUGAGGAGCACGACCGAAAAAUUAAAAAAAAAAGUGAAUCUGAAGCCAACCAGUCUAGCCGAUCGACUGAGAUCGACAGUCUAUCAGACUCGGAUGGUUAUUGA